UGAGAUCUUCCCCUUUACUUUUCUCUCUGCCCUCGUAUUACUAUCAUCGCUGUCGGCCUGAGAUGCUCCAAAGUCACUGGUCCAUACUACACCUCAAAAAAUGGGAGCCACUUCCUCGGGGAUCAGGUUAGCCAUUUGGAUGGGAGUCUUUACCAGUCUUACAACAAUAGUGAUUGGCCUACGGUUAUGGUCGAUUCAUAUGACUGGAAGGGGUCUACACAGCCAUGAUUACUUGGUGAUUGUCGCAUACCUGAGCGCAACUGCGAUGGCAGUAGUGGGAUGGUGGGCCAUUGCUAAUGGCCUGGGAGCCCAUACGGAGGUGCUGUCCCCAACAGAGAUUGGGGUCCAAUGGCAACUCCUCAUUACCGCAUGUGUGACUUGGCUCGUUAGCACCGUUGCGUGUAAGCUGUCUAUCCUCACUCUCUAUCUUUCUCUCUUUCGCACCUCACGGCCUUUCCGCAUCCUGGUCUUGAUAGCGUGCAGCUUCGUGGGAGCCUACUUUGUGGCAUUCCUGCCUGUCUUUCUCACCCAAUGCUACCCUCUCUCGUAUGGAUGGAAGCCAGUGCCGGGUGGGUGGUGUAAGUCGCUCGUCCCGUCGGAGGUUGCGUCUAUCACCCUCAACAUCUUCAUGGACUCGGCCAUCGCGGUGCUGCCCAUUUCGGUUCUCUGGAAGUUGCACAUGGCCCUACGAAACAAAAUCACGGUCGGGACAAUGUUUCUCAUGGGUUUGAUCGUCGUCGCUGUGAUGAUCUGGCGGCUCCUGAUCACCCUCGAUCCGGCCACCCAGAUGGAUUUUGUGCACGGAUUGGGUCGUAUAGCUUUAGCCAGCUUUCUCGAACUGUGGCUCAGCAUCAUUAUUAUCACGCUGCCCACGCUGGCUCCUCUCUUCCGACGGUACAUCGAGCCUCUCCUUUCUCGACAACGGUCGACGGGGGAACGCCACCUCCGCGAGGCCCGUCAUACUAUCGGGAGUACUCCUCGGCAGCGGCGAGGGAAGGAUGUCCUCGAUUCAACGCAGGAUUCAACCGUCGAGCUGAAGGGCUGUGGCUAUACGGCCAAGGUAGGUGCUACUCACGGAUCGAAUGAUGAUGAUGAUGUGGGGUUGGUGCAGAAUAUGCAGCCAAACGCCAUACAAAUCCGACAUGACAUUUCGGUCGAACAGGGAUCGGAACCGCGGAGAGAAACGGUGUGAUGACGAGAUUGAUAAUACUAUGCAAGACGGAGAGUAAAGAUAGUUGAUGUCGUUGUUCAACGAUCGGUAGUCCUGCCCUUUCCGGGUCC